GCCGUCCCGUGCCCCACCCGGACGCUAGUUGUUUUCUCGUCUCCCCAAUUCCUUGCCCCGCUUCGUCGGUCGUCGCCUGCCCCAGAGAGCAGGAGCCGCCUCGUCCCUCCCGGCCCCGCCCCCGCCCCCCGAUCCCGUCCGUCGCCAUGAAUCCCGAGUACGACUACCUCUUCAAGCUGCUCCUCAUCGGGGACUCAGGUGUUGGGAAGUCUUGCCUGCUGCUGAGGUUUGCGGAUGAUUCAUACCUGGAGAGCUACAUCAGUACUAUUGGAGUUGAUUUUAAAAUCCGCACCGUUGAGCAAGAUGGGAAGACAAUAAAGCUGCAGAUUUGGGAUACUGCUGGCCAAGAGCGCUUUAGGACCAUCACAAGCAGCUACUAUCGUGGAGCUCAUGGCAUUAUUGUCGUGUAUGAUGUAACUGACCAGGAGAGCUUUAACAAUGUCAAGCAGUGGCUGAAUGAAAUUGACAGGUAUGCCAGUGAAAAUGUGAACAAGCUUUUGGUGGGGAACAAGUGUGAUCUGGCUGAGAACAGAGUAGUUUCUUAUGAGGCUGGCAAGGCCCUUGCUGAUGAGAUCGGAAUACCCUUCCUUGAGACUAGUGCCAAGGAUGCAACAAAUGUGGAGAAGGCAUUCAUGACCAUGGCAGGGGAGAUAAAGAACAGGAUGGCAAGUCAACCGGCUGCAAGUGGUGCUAGCAGGCCUGCAACUGUGCAAAUGCGGGGUCAGCCUGUUUCUCAGCAAAGCAGCUGCUGCUCUUGAUUGUCUAUCUAGAUCACAAUAGUGUGAUUGUGCAGCAAGCAAAACUUAAAUUGGUUGCUCUAUCCCUGUACAUUAAGCCUAUCACUAUCCAAAAAAACUCAGUGUUAUCUGUCGGAUAUUGGAAGUCUGUCUACUGACUGCAACGCUUAAGCAGAUUAUGUGGCCUGUUUUAACUUCCUGUUCUUAUUCCAGUGUUCAUGUGAUGUUGGAUGAAA